GUGAGAAUUGUGCUAGUAUUUGAGGGUUGGACUGAAGGACACAAGCAUCUCAUGUUACAGCCUCCCUUCCGGCUUUCUGCUGCAAGACACUGACAGUCCUUAUUUCACACUAGCUGUGCAGCUAUGAUUGAUUUGAUGGGGAAUGUGAACACACUAACCAGAGAUCUCUCACUCUAUUUAGAAAAUCAGGUCAGAAUCAACCUGUCAGGUUCAGGGGUGGGUUUGUCUCUUGUUUUAGGAUUCGGUGCUGCAUACAUCUGCUAUUACCUGAGCUCGGUCGCUAAGAAACCACAGCUCAUCACAGGAGGACAAACACUGUGCCAUUUUCUAAAGAAAUACUGUCCUGUGGUAACAGAGACUUAUUAUCCAACCUUUUGGUGCUCAGAAGGAAGGAUGCAAACCCUGCUGAGGCCAUUCAUCACAUCGAAACCCUCAAUGGAGUACAGGAAUGAGCUCAUUAAGACGGCAGAUGGUGGGCAGAUUUCCUUGGACUGGAUUGACAAUGAUGGAAAUUUACUGCAUCCUGUUUCUGCUACAAGACCUAUUGUCCUUAUCUUACCUGGACUUACGGGAACAAGCAAGGAAUCCUACAUAUUGCACAUGGUCAAAGAGAGUCAAAGUCAAGGAUACAGGUGCACUGUUGUCAAUAAUAGAGGAGUUUCUGGAGAGAGACUGUUGACUCCCAGAACAUACUGUGCUGCCAACACAGAAGAUUUGGAAACUGUCAUUACGCAUGUCCAGGAAAGGUUUUCAGAAGCUCCAUUGAUAGCAGCAGGAGUCUCUAUGGGAGGGAUGCUCCUGUUGAAUUACCUGGGGAAGAUCGGCAGGGAGACUCCACUGAAGGCAGCUGUAGUCUUCUCCGUUGGCUGGGAUGUGUUUGAGUGUACGGCUUCUCUUGAAAAACCACUUAACUGGAUAUUGUUUAAUUACUAUUUAACUACUUGUCUGCGGGCUUCCAUCAGCAGACACAAGCAAGUCUUGGAGAAAUUAUUUAACCUUGAUUAUGUCCUGAAGGCAAAAUCUAUACGAGAAUUUGAUGAAAGGCUUACGUCAGUCAUGUUUGGUUACCCUAGCAAUAGUGAUUACUACAAAGACGCCAGCCCUUGUCACAAACUGAAAUCCAUCGAAGUUCCUGUGUUGUGCUUAAAUGCUUUAGAUGAUGUUUUUUCACCAAGUCACGCCAUACCUAAGGAAUCUGCAAAACAAAGCCCUUAUGUCUCAUUGUUGCUUACUUCACAUGGAGGACACAUUGGCUUCUUAGAAGGGAUAUUUCCUCGACAAACAACUUACAUGGACAGAGUCUUCAAACAAUUUGUACAAGCUGUCAUUGAGCAUGGAGAUGAACUGAGAGCAAUGUAACUCUUCUUCGGAUCUAUUCAUUCUACUCUUUUGCACACUAAUUUUACUGUUAAAGCUAAUCCAAAUCUUGACUUAAGCACAUUGCAAACUAUGCAUUUACUCAUAAUAUAUAUUUAAAAUGCCGCACUGCUCUUUACUUGAAAUUGUCCAUAAUUUAACAAAAGGUUGAAUGACAGAUAGCCAAAAAUAUUGCACUUUGAUUAUAUCUGAGUUUAUGUUUUUGCAUUUUUUUUAUGAUUGUUGGUUGUUUUUUAAGUAAAAACAUUCAAGUUUUAAUUUUAUAUUCGUAACUUUUAAUUACUGGUUCAUCUCCUUUUUAAUCACAAUUAUUAAAUUCUGCUUACCGGAUUUGCACUAAAAUAUUAAAAUUACAAAAGUAGCAACAGGAGAUUGAUAACCUCAGGGCUUUUAUUUGAAAUGGGCCAGCAGUAUUAAUUCAGUCUUUUGCUCAUUGAAAGUGUUACAGAUCAGAAAAGAAUGCAUUUGCACACAAUUUAUCAAUUAGCCAAAUUUAAUAUUUCUUCUGUUGCACUUUGCCUCUAAUAUUGGUACUGUCAUUAUAAUUGUCUGCAGUUUGGUUACCUAUAUGUUUUCAAAAAAGUAACAAUGCAACAUAUGGAUAACUAUUAUAAAUGCAAUAUUUAAUGGAGAAGAAUGCAGAGAUGCUGCUACAACAAAAAAUCUUGCCAUAAAAUGAAUGUAACAAUGUAAUGCUGAAAUGUAAUAUUAUUUGGGACUGGACUGGAAAACUUUCUUUUUAGAAUAUUCAUCCAUACGGACUGGAACAAGAGGUCUAUUCUUUACGUGCUUAAAACCAAAGCAGAAACCAAUAUCAUACUUACAUUAAGAGAAAGUCAUUCUGAAUUAGACUGUAGUUGUGGGACCUCAUCUUUCUCAGUAUAAGCAAUAUAUUUUAUGCCAAACUAGUUUUUACAGCUGGUGCUAUUGAGUUGGCAGUCCAUUACACUACAUGCUGUAGUUAUCUUGUCAUACGGUCUACUAUUAACUGGAUUCUUCCAGCCUUUGUACAGUGUUUAUAAUAUAAAUGAUCCAGCAUAAGUCUGACAGACACAUCAGUGUCAUAUAUUACAAAAUGUAAAUGCAUUUUUUUUCUGGGAAAUCUCUUGAACAACUAGAAUACAUUUUAAGCUAUAUAUUUACGAAAAAAAAUAAAAUUUUCUAAACCAACUGAA